AUGCCUCUGGGAAUGAACAACCCGCUACCCUCCUCGAUGAGGAGCGAAUGCAGGAAGGCUGGAAAAAUCCUCGCUUCGUUUGUUGAUCCUAGACAAUCUUUUGGUCCAGAUAAAAUCAUCCCCCCUCAGAUACUGGCAAAUGCAAAGGGUCUUGCGGUUCUUACUGUAUUGAAAGCUGGCUUUCUUGGCUCGGCGCGGUUUGGCUCAGGCAUUGUGGUUGCUCGCUUAGCAGAUAAUUCGUGGUCAGCACCGUCAGCAAUCGCGACGGCCGGAGCUGGUUUUGGUGGACAGAUCGGGUUUGAAUUGACGGAUUUUGUUUUUAUCUUAAACGACUACAAUGCUGUGCGGACAUUUUCACAAGCGGGCAGCAUAACAUUAGGAGGUAAUGUCUCGAUCGCAGCUGGACCCAUCGGACGCAAUGCGGAAGCUGCUGGAGCCGCCAGCAUGAAGGGGGUCGCAGGUAUUUUCUCGUAUUCCAAAACGAAAGGUCUUUUUGCUGGUGUGAGUCUGGAGGGGAGUGUACUGGUAGAGCGAAAGGACGCGAAUGAGCGGCUGUAUAACGCCAAAGUCUCGGCCCGCCAGCUGCUUGAAGGGUUGAUCCGCCCACCACCUGCUGCCGAACCUCUGAUGUGCGUUCUCCAGUCACGGGCAUUCACUGGUAAACCCACAUCCGUCAAUGAUACAAUGUAUAAUGAUAUCCCCAUAUACGAUGAUCAACACGACCAGGUGGUCUGGGAGGGGAGGGGAGGGGAGGUGCUGGGAGAAGGUGCGAGGCGGGACCGCAUAGGAUCCCUCAACUUCCGAGAUGACUACCAAUACCAGGACCGACCAAGACGUGCCAACAAAUGGGCCGACAAUGUUUAUGACCGCCAGCCGUCCGGUGGCGGCAUCAACCGGUCCUACACCACCAGAGCCAAUCCAAACGAAACAUUUGAUCGUUAUGAUACCAAAGGCGAUGACAAAUAUUCGUAUAGUGAUAGAAAACCGUCUCGUCCCACAGCGCCCAAGCCCGUUUUUGCGCCGAAACCUGAUACGUCAUCUCUUAGUAAAGACCAAGCCGUUGCGCUGUACACCUUUAACGCUGACCAGGAAGGCGAUUUGGGAUUUAAAAAGGGUGAAAUCAUCACGAUAUUGAAACGGACGGACAAAAAAGAGGACUGGUGGACUGGUCGGAUAGGCCAUAGAACGGGGAUAUUCCCUAGUAACUACGUUGAUGCCGCAUGA